GCUGUUUUGGGUCACCAGCAGAGGAAAACAGGAAUUGGCACCUGGGGACCAGGAUGGUUCUUCCAUGGGCAGCCAGGGAUGACGUCCCGGCAGCGAGAGAAGGAAUGUGGAGCAUAAAUAGCAAAGCGCGAAUGGGAGCGGGACAGAGGCGGCUGCGGGACCGGCGGGAGCAGAGCCCCGGAGCCCCCUGAGCCCCCCAGAACCCCCGGAUCCCCCUGAGCCCCCCAGAACCCCCAGAGCCCCCGGACCUCUAAAUCCCCCAGAGCCCCCAGACCCUCAGAGCCUCGGCAGGAGCAGCACCCCCAGAGCCCCGGACCCCCAGAGCCCCCCAGAGCCCCCCAGAGCCCCCAGGGCCCCGGACCUCUAGAGCCCCCCAGAGCCCCCGGACCUCUAAAUCCCCCCAGAGCCCCCCAGAACCCCCGCACUCCCAGAGCCCCCAGACCCUCAGAGCCCCGGCAGGAGCAGGAGCAGCACCCCCAGAGCCCCGGACCCCCAGAACCCCUGGAGCCCCAGAGCUCGGCAGGAGCAGCUUCCCCCGGACCCCCCAGAGCCCCUAGAGACCCCAAAUCCCCAGAGCCCCCAGAGCCCCGAGCCCCUCGGAGCCCCUAGAGACCCCAAAUCCCCAGAGCCCCCAGAGCCCCGAGCCCCUCGGAGCCCCGGCCCCCCGUGCCCCGCCAUGGCCCCGGCGCUGCUGCUGCUGCUGCUGUGCUGUCCCCUGUGCUGGAGCCAGCAGAGACGCAUCGGAGGAGAAGUCGGGCCUGAAAUGCUGCAGGAAAUGAGAGAAACCAACCGGGUGCUGCUGGAAGUUCGGGAUUUGUUGAAGCAGCAGAUCAAGGAGAUCACGUUCCUGAAGAACACGGUGAUGGAGUGCGACGCCUGCGGGAUGCGGCCGGAGGUGACGGGUCCUGUCAUCACCAUGACCCAGUUCAACCGCUGCGUGCCCAACCCCUGCUUCCCGGGCGUGGCCUGCACCGAGAGCGGCGGCGGCUUCCGCUGCGGGGCGUGUCCUGCGGGCUACAGCGGCAACGGCACCCACUGCAGCGACAUCAACGAGUGCAAUGCCAACCCCUGCUUCCCAAAAGUGCAGUGCAUCAACACCAACCCCGGCUUCCGCUGCGACCCCUGCCCGCCCGGCUUCACCGGGCAGCUGCUGGAGGGCGUGGGGCUGGCUUUUGCCAGGGCCAACAAACAGGUGUGCACAGACAUCAACGAGUGUGAGACUGGAGCUGCCAGGAACUGUGUCCCCAACUCCAUCUGCAUCAACACCCGGGGAUCCUACAAGUGCGGGCCCUGCAAGCCGGGCUUCGUGGGCGAUCAGAGCAGCGGCUGCCGCAGCCAGGCGGCGCCGGGGGCGCGGCGCUGCCCCAACGGCGAGAUCAGCCCGUGCCACGAGAAGGCGGAGUGCAUCGUGGAGAGGGACGGCUCCCUGUCCUGCCAGUGCCUCGUGGGCUGGGCUGGGAACGGCUACGUGUGCGGGAAGGACACGGACAUCGACGGGGUCCCCGACGAGAAGCAGCGCUGCUCCGACAAGAAAUGCCGCAAGGAUAACUGCGUGACUGUCCCCAACUCCGGCCAGGAGGACGCCGACAGGGACGGCAUCGGGGACGCCUGCGACGAUGAUGCCGAUGGGGACGGGAUCCCAAACGCUGAGGACAACUGUGUGUACACCAGGAACGCGGACCAGCGCAACGCCGACAGGGACAACUUCGGGGACGCGUGUGACAACUGCCGGCAGGUGAAGAACAACGACCAGAAGGACAUCGACGGCGACGGCCGGGGCGACGAGUGCGACGACGACAUGGACGGGGACGGGAUCAAAAACUCUGUGGACAACUGCAGGAGAGUUCCCAACCCUGACCAGAGGGACGGGGAUGGGGACGGCGUGGGGGACGCCUGUGACAGCUGCCCCAGCCUCAGCAACCCUGACCAGAAAGACACUGACCACGAUCUGGUGGGAGAUGUCUGUGACACCAACCAGGACAGCGACGGUGACGGCCACCAGGACUCUCGGGACAAUUGUCCCUCAGUGCCCAACAGCUCCCAGGUGGACACGGACGGGGACGGGCUGGGGGACGAGUGCGACGAGGACGACGAUGACGACGGGAUCCCCGACUUCCGUCCGCCCGGGCCCGACAACUGCCGCCUGGUGCCCAACCCCGGCCAGGAGGACUCGGAUGGGGACGGCGUGGGGAACCUGUGUGAGGACGACUUCGACCGGGACAUGGUGAUCGACAGGAUCGACGUGUGCCCCGAGAACGCCCAGGUCACCCUGACCGACUUCAGGGCCUUCCAGACCGUGGUGCUGGACCCCGAGGGGGACGCCCAGAUCGACCCCAACUGGAUCGUGCUCAACCAGGGCAUGGAGAUUGUCCAGACCAUGAACAGCGACCCUGGCCUGGCUGUAGGGUACACGGCCUUCAAUGGAGUGGAUUUCGAGGGCACCUUCCACGUCAACACGGCCACUGACGACGACUACGCCGGUUUCAUCUUCGGCUACCAGGACAGCUCCAGCUUCUACGUGGUGAUGUGGAAGCAGAUGGAGCAAACCUACUGGCAGGCCAACCCCUUCCGGGCCGUGGCAGAGCCGGGCAUCCAGCUGAAGGCAGUGAAAUCCAAAACGGGGCCUGGGGAGUACCUGAGGAACUCCCUGUGGCACACGGGGGACACCACGGACCAGGUGAAGCUGCUCUGGAAGGACCCCAGGAACUCGGGCUGGAAGGACAAAACCUCCUAUCGCUGGUUCCUGCAGCACCGGCCGCAGGUCGGCUACAUCCGGGCUCGUUUCUAUGAAGGCCCCGAGGUGGUGGCAGACACGGGAGUUGUCCUGGACACCACCAUGAGGGGGGGGCGCCUCGGGGUUUUCUGCUUCUCCCAGGAGAACAUCAUCUGGUCCAACCUGCGCUACCGCUGCAACGACACCAUCCCCGAGGACUACGAGACGUUCCGGGUGCAGCAGGACUGAUCCCCACGGAACCUCCCUGCUGCUCCUGCUUCUGCCCCUGCUCUGAACCCCGAGCUGCCAGCGCCCUCACAGCCCCCAGCGCCCCUUCCCCACCAGCAAAUCCCUGGAAACCCUCCCCAGAUCCCCUGGGAAGGGCAGAGGUGGAGACAGGGAGUGAGACAGAAGCCUGAGCUGCUGCAGCCCCACCCGGGGCCGUGCUGGGAGCUCCCUGCAGCAGCUGCAGGGCUGGAGUCACUUUGGUGAGGAGGAGUCCCAGGAAUCUCCUCCUGUCCAGGAGUGUCAGUGCUGAUUUCCUCUUCAAGAUCUGCUGCAAAGCAAACCCAGCACAGUCUGAGAAGGAGCGGCCUCGGUACAAGUUGCUCAUUUUAAUAAAUGGAAAAAGCACUUUAAGGAGAGAAUCUUUGUUCUGGGAUGUUGGGUAAUAAACACUUGGAAUGCUGGAUAAUAAAUUCUAGAUUUCUCCUUG